ACAUGGCGGGAGAUCGUUGACUUGAUGUGAGUCAACGUCGUAACCUAUAACAAAAGCACAAACCGAUUCGCACCCAGUUUAGGGCGUUAAGUUGACACGAGAGAUUGUCGAGGUGGAGGUGAUUGACGUUCGAAGAGAGCGAGACAAUCGGCGGAUCACCGGCCGCGUCUCAUUCCCGGAUCGUGGCUGGCUCCCGAGCGGCAGCCGGUACAAGUGACGGUUAUGGUCCGUGCGACGAUGUAAGAUGAUACUGAGAAAUCGGCCGUUCAUGCCAUGGAUAUUGGCGUUCGUCGUUCUCAGCUUGGUGACGAUUUAUCUGCAGCUUCAGGUGUCCGAGCUGCAGAAAAAUUACAAACUUAUGCACGAUGCCGUUGUGCGGGCGCGAGUCGACGCGAAGAACGAGGCGCGCGCCGAUUCGCGAGUUAUCUCGAAUUACGUACCGGACGUAACGGAGAACAACAUUGUCGUGAUAUACAACAGGGUACCGAAGACCGCUUCCACCAGUUUCAUGGGAUUGGUUUACGAUCUGUGCAAGCAGAACAAGUACCACGUGUUGCACAUCAACGUGACCAAUAACAUGCACACUCUAACUCUCGCAAAUCAGGUUCAAUUUGCAAACAACAUAACAAACUGGAAUGCCAUAAAGCCAGCAUUUUACCACGGACAUAUGGCGUUUUUAAAUUUUGAGAAGUGGGUACCGAAAUUUGGUGUUAACCGCACACCUUUGUAUAUAAAUUUAUUAAGAAAGCCGUUAGACCGAUUUGUAUCUUACUAUUACUUUUUGAGAUACGGAGAUAAUUUUAGACCACAUCUCACGAGAAGGAAACACGGAGACACGAAGACAUUUGACGAGUGCAUAAAGAUCGGCCAGCCCGACUGUAAUCUCAAUAACAUGUGGCUUCAAAUCCCAUUUCUCUGCGGCCACGAUCCGGCUUGUUGGAAAGUUGGCAAUAGCUGGGCGUUGGAGGAAGCCAAACGAAAUUUGCAAAGACACUACUUCCUAAUCGGCAUUACGGAGGAAUUGAAUGAUUUUGUGGAAGUGUUGGAGAGCGUACUGCCGCAAUUUUUCAAAGGAGGACACAACUUGUUCUUGCACAAUAACAAAUCGCACUUGCGACAAACCACCCAAAAACUCGAUCCGUUACCCGAGACGGUAGACAAGAUUCAACAUUCGGUUGUGUGGAAGAUGGAAAACGAAUUGUACAACUUUGCUUUGGAGCAAUUUCACGCUGUGAAGAAACGUCUCAUAAACGCUUCCCCCCAAGACGCAAAUCAACGUUUUAUAAGUUUUAAAAUAGCCACCAAGGACAAAUUGCUUAGUUUAUUUAUUUUCUACACAUAUCACAAUAUAUAAAAAUUGUCCAAUAUAUAAAAAGUUUCUCUCGUCUAAUCGUCGCAAAUUUUUCGAACGAAAAACAACACAGAGACGAUAUCCAAUAAAUAAAAACUAAGGUAUAAAUCUUUUUUUUUUUUUUUUUUGCUUAAGAACGUCCAAA